ACACAUUACAAUACAAACAAAAUUCAUCUUAUGCAAAUGGCGGUUUCAAAGCUUGUAUUGGCUGCGACAAGCCGUAAAAGCUACAAAGUACUCUUAGGGCUAAGAGUACUGGCCUUCUCGGCUACGCUAUCUGCAGCCAUUGUGAUGGGAUUGAAUAAAGAGACAAAGACGUUUGUGGUGGGAAACGUGGGAAAUACUCCGGUCAAAGCUACUUUCACUGCUAAGUUCCAACACACUCCAGCUUUUGUGUUCUUCGUAGUAGCGAAUGCAAUGGUGAGCUUCCACAACAUGUUGAUGAUGGCUAUGCAGCUAUUUGGAGGCAAAAUAGAAUUCACUGGUUUUCAUCUUCUUUCCGUCGCCAUUCUCGACAUGCUGAAUGUGACACUGAUUUCGGCGGCAGCUAACGCAGCGGCGUUCAUAUCAGAAGUGGGGAAGAAUGGGAAUAAACACGCGAGAUGGGACAAAAUCUGUGACAGAUUCGCCACUUACUGCGAUCACGGCGCCGGAGCAUUGAUUGCUGCCUUCGCCGGUGUGGUCCUGAUGCUCACUAUCUCCGCCGUCUCAAUAUCUCGUCUCGCUCCUCCUAAUAAAUGCUCCUAUUCCACGGCCGCAACUCCCUCCGUCAUCCCCUGACGAAUCACCGCCUCAAAAUUAUACACACAUACAUGUCUCUUUCCCUUGUUUCCUUACUUCUUUGCUUUGUUGAGUGUUUCAGUGUAUGUAUGUACCUCGAGUGAUUGUUUAAGCAUAUAAGCAUUCGCCUUGUAUGUUACUCUGUUAGUAAUUGUUAGUAAUUAACUUUCUUCUUGUACUUUGUAUUCUUUUAUUUUGGUCUUCUUAAAUAUGAUGUUAUGAUCCGACUAAAAUCUUAUUUGACAUGUCAACUAUA